AAAUUGUUGGCAUAACACACACAUACAGUCAAACUAGAAAUACUAUAAAAUAAAUAUAUUUAUCAAACAUAGAAAAAAUAUGGAUUGAAAUCGAUAAUAAAGUUUUUUAAAUAAAACAAAACAACACAACAAAAAUGACAAAACGGACUAUUGGUAGUAAUGGUGUAAAAGAGUUGACCGCAAUUGAUGGCCAACAACAACCAUACAGUGAUGACCAUAAUGUCGACGACCAAGACAUGGACGACAACGACAUGGACGACAAUGAACAGCUAAAGCCGAUCAACGGUGACAACAAUAAUGCAGCCAAAAAUCGGUUUAGGCCUCGAGUAAAACGCCAGUCACUGCUAUUGAAAAGAGGUGACACCGAACUGAGUAUCGAUCACUCGGGUGUCCAACGAUUUCUACCGAAGUGUAUGCACUUUGCUUUUGCCGAUAGAGACGCCGAACAUCUAUACCGUGAAUACUAUGAAAAUGAAAAACGAAGUGACUUUAAUACCCUAAUAGUGAUCGUCUUAUUUGUUAAUGUAGUACUGUUCCUAUUGUACUCACUGUCCUAUUCAUCCCGACAUUUACCUCAGAUGGCUGUACUAUUCGUAACAUUUGCUUUGACAUUGAUAUCAUUAGUGCUAUGCCUUCAGCGAAAUAGUCGCAAAUCGUCGCCAAUGGCCACUAGAUUGUGGACAACAAUACCAUUUGUAGUCUGGACGGUACAAAUGGCUCAGAUAUUCUGUGAUGCCUGGAUGUUUCCCAUACCCGCCCAACCCACCGAUUCAUUAGCUUUGAUACUAUUGUAUACCUACUCAUGCUAUGUUAUACUACCGUUACGGCUGGGCAUAUGCAGUACAUUAGCAGUAACGAUGGCGUUGAUACACUUCGUGUUGAUUACUUGUGUCAGCGGCAGCGGUAGUCACCGACAAGAUCUGUUUGGCCAUCAGUUGGCCGCCAAUCUCAUUAUAUUUACCGGUACUAAUCUAUUGGGUACAAUGUCUUUCUUUUUCUAUGAAAGACAACAGCGAAGAGCCUUUCUGGAGACUCGUCAGAGCCUUGAAGUCAAGUUAGUACUCGAAGAGGAAUCGCAGGAACAGGAGCGCUUAUUGCUGUCGGUACUGCCCAAACAUGUGGCCGCAGAGAUACGCCAAGAUCUCGGCGCUGUAGUCGAGGGACAGUUCCAUAAGAUCUAUAUGAGCCGUCACGAGAAUGUUAGCAUUUUAUUUGCUGAUAUCGUCGGUUUCACUGCCAUAUCAUCGACAUGUCCGGCACCAGAGCUCGUCAGGACUCUUAAUGAACUAUUUGCCAGAUUUGAUAAAUUAUCGGAUAAAUAUCAUCAGUUGAGGAUCAAAAUCUUGGGCGACUGUUAUUACUGUAUAAGUGGCGCUCCGGAGGAACGAUCAGAUCAUGCAGUACUGUGCGUUCAUAUGGGCCUAUCGAUGGUCGACGCCAUCCGAUCGGUUCGGGAGCAGACAAAAUCGCCGGUCGACAUGCGAGUGGGCGUCCACACGGGCGGCGUAUUGGCCGGUGUGUUGGGCCAACGCCAGUGGCAGUUUGAUGUCUACAGUCGCGAUGUCGAGUUAGCCAAUAAAAUGGAGAGUGGCGGUUUGCCCGGGAGAGUUCACAUAUCAGAAAAGACAUUAAGUUUUUUGAACGGCGAGUUUGAAGUGGAAGACGGCGACGGCGCCUCCCGUGACGAGAACCUUCGUAUGGCCGCAAUUAAGACCUAUUUAAUUGUUCGGGUCAUCAAACCAUAUCCUGAAGGAACGUUAGAUAUGGUUCAACCUGUCAGUACAGUCGCCGCCGUCGACAACAAUAUCGACGACCCGACAUCAACUGACGAGUCGACCAAAUUGCGGCAAAAAUCGUACGACAGUGCGGCAGCUGUUGCGGUGGCGGCAGCGGCGGCGGCAUCGACGACCAUCAACUAUUUGGACGAAGUAAAAGAUCCCGAAGAAUAUAAGCGACGUCUCUAUCAAGAGUUGUUGAGCCGAGACGGAGACAAGAAUGUCUCUGAACACACCCAAACAUUUUCAUUGCACUUCAAAGACGACAACUUUGAGCACCAGUACCGCAACAGUCGUGAUAUAACCAGUUGUGUGUCAUUAGUAGGCCUUCCGUUGACAUUGUUUUGCUAUUUGAUAGCUUACUUACUCGUCGGCGCCCCGCGAUUAUCGACUUAUUUGGUAUUAUUUUUAUGCGUAACUCUAUUGAUAGCCAAAGCUGUCGUUUGCACGGCUCCUAUAAUAUGCAAUUCAUUUCCAAAGCCAAUCGCAACGCUGUCACAAGCAGUCCAAGAGAAGGCAUGGAUCAGAUUAGUGAUAGCCGGCAGUAUGAUUAUCAUAUGGAUUACGGCCCACAUUCUCGUCAAUGUAUUCUAUCAAAAGGAUUCACUGACUGAACAAAACAUUAAUCGAUCGAUACAUACACUACUAUCCAAACAACCAGAACAGCCCUCAGAAACAGUUGAAGCGCUCGGCAACGGCUACGAUGACUAUCCAUUGCCACACUUUCUCUGCUAUUUUAGUAUUUUAGGCCAAUUAGGUGUGACAGCUCUAACCAGAAUCAGCUAUUUGGUCAAAAUGUUUAUAAUCAUUGCUCUAGUCAUAGCCCAGUGCUGUCUAAACGUUUUUAAAUUAGACCUAUCGUUCAAAAUGUAUGAUAGGAUAACAUAUGACAAUAGAAAAUACUUUUUAGGCCACGAAUACUAUCUUUCAAUUAUCAUAACAACUAUUGCCAUCGCUUUAUUUAUAAUCAAUAGACAGUUUGAACUCAUGUCUCGGCGACUAUUCCUCUGGCAAAAGGAUGUCGAAGAGCAAAAGGAAAAGGUGGCUGACAUGAGACGCAAAAACGAGGCACUGGUCUAUAAUAUACUACCUCCUCAUGUGGCCAUCCAUUUCCUGGGCAAACGCAAAAAUGAUGAGGAAUUGUAUUCAAAAAGUUACGAUUCUGUGGGCAUAUUGUUUGCCUCAAUGCCUAACUUUGCCGACUUCUAUACUGAAGAAUCAGUCAAUAAUCAGGGCUUAGAGUGUAUACGGUUUCUAAAUGAAGUGAUAUCCGAUUACGACGCCCUACUCGAUCAAACCCGGUUCGCUAAUAUCAUCAAAAUUAAGACGAUUAGCGCCACAUAUAUGGCGGCCAGUGGUAUCAAUAGUGAAGAAUCAUUACCAGCCAAUGCUAGCUUUAAGGAGCGAUGGUCUCAUUUGGCACAACUAACUGAGUUUGCAUUGACUUUAAAGGAUACGCUUAAUAUGAUUAAUAAAGAAAGUUUCAACAAUUUUGUCUUAAGAAUGGGCAUAAAUCAUGGACCCAUCACUGCGGGAGUUAUCGGCGCUCGUAAGCCACACUAUGAUAUGUGGGGAAACUCGGUAAACGUUGCGUCCAGGAUGGAGAGUACAGGAAAAGCUGGUAGUAUUCAAGUAGUCGAAGAGACAGCCCAUAUACUCGAAGAGUUUGGCUAUACGUUUGAACAGAGAGGUCUGGUGACUGUUAAAGGAAAGGGUCAAUUGAAAACAUUUUACUUAAAAUCGUCGCCAAACAGAAGGGAUUCCUAAUAUUAUAUAUAAUUUAAUGGAGUCGUUGACUAAAAAAUAUAAUUUUUGUUUUUUGUUGUUGGAUUCAUUUGGUGAUAUAUAUAUAUAUGAUGUGUAAUGCCAUUGAUUUAUUAAAUCAAUUUACUAAUUAACUGAUUUAUUUUGAUCACUUCUACUACUACUACUACUACUACUACAACCUAACCACUCCAGUAGUAAUAGUAGAGAAAUAAAAGUCAAGUGAUUUAAUUAUAUACGAGUCUUGCAAACGAAAAUCCUCUUUAGAUCACUAUCUCUCUCUCUCUCUCUCUCUCUCUCUCUCUCUCUCUCUCUCUCUUUCUUUCUUUCUUUCUUUCUUUCUGAUCCGUGGAUUAAAAACACAAAAAUGUUUUCAAUGAAAUAAAAACAGCAAAAAAUAAAAAAAGUCUCAUUUUUGAUGAUCUCUUUUUUGUCUCUCUCUCUCUCUCUCUCUCUCUCUCUCUCUCUCUCUCUCUUCUUUA